AUGACAACCAAAACAAAGCCCUUUUCUUCAUACAAAAUAAAUAGCAUUACUACUAAUCCUAAUAUUACCAACAGUAAUGCUAGUAUUAGUCCCGCUACAUACAGGCUUGUAAAAACUUACAACUCUGAAGACUAUGAUGACUCGAGUCACACGCAACUGUUUUUCAGAUUACCUGACGAAGAAUAUCAACAACGUAACAAUUACAUCGCUCUACUCAACACGCCUCCAACGUAUUAUCGUGAAGUGAUAAAACCGGAUGAACGACAUAAUAUUUUUUGGUUUAAUGAAGCAUUAAUGUCUGUUUCAGGGCGAAAUACAGCGCCAUUUUCUCCGCCGCAGCCGACGACUCCGACGACAAGUGACAACAGAUCCACUAUAAAAUCUCGCAUAACAAUAUCAUCCAGAACACCUAAAACAAUUUGGAGCAUUGAACCACCCAAAAUAAAACGCUCUAAAAUACUGAGAAAACCACGGAGACCAAACCGAUUUACCAUCAAAUACGUCCCAACUGGAUCCGUUUCUACGUUUAAGAAACAAACCAAUGAUAAUGAAUCAUCUUCGUCAUCAACAAUAGAAUAUUAUGGUGAUGUUAUUACACCAUUUGAUAAUACAUGUUUACAACGAUAUAAAUGGGUAAAAUCGUUGGAAUCCAAAAAGAAAUGUGAGAAUAAAUGGACUUUUGUUGCAUGCAACGAUCCAAAAACACCCCUCGCAGAAUUUCGAUCUUCAAACGUCGAAAACGAAUUCGACAUUGUAUUUUUCGGACAAGCACCAAUUGGCUGGAAUCCCAAUAUUGCUGAUCGAUUAUCACGAUUCUCUGGAUUAUCCGGUGGCCGAGCCUCGGAUUUUGAAUCAUCACUUAGUAAUCGUGAGUCGACGCACUCAUCAUUGUGCUCAUUCACCUCUACAAUCUCAAAUGUAAAGUCGAAAUAUAGUUUCCCAGUCAAUAGUUACAAUAUUAUAGCAGAAGAUGACGGAAGAUAUUGGCAAGAGUACAUUUUGGCUAGUACUGUCGCGAUUCAGGAUGAAGUGACUAGUAGUAAAGUUAGUUUUAAUAAACGAAUACGAAAGUUUUUUGGGUGA